AUGUCCCCAAAGUCAAGAUCUAAGGAGGACGAACGACGAUCGAAGGAAAAGGAUUCUACACCUUCUUCCUACCAUCAUCGUUCGUCGAGACAUUCAAAUGACCGCAAACGAGAUCGAAAAAGGUCUCGGUCGCUUAAAAGGAGUAGACAACACACAUCAUCACCUUCAAGGUUUGUUAAUCUACUAUAAUAUAUUGCAGAUGAUGUAGAAGGUAUUUCUUAUUGUUUGGAAUAAGUUCAUUUGUAAGACGUAUAAUUUCUGUUAUAAAUGAACUUUUUCUUCUUUAAACUAAUGUUUUCAGAAGGUCACCAUCAAGAAGCAGAUCGCCUCUAAGAAGCAGUUCAACACGAAAAUACAGAGACGAAGAGAAUGGCCACAGGCGAAGGCACGACUCAAAGUCCAGAUCAAGCAGGCAUCGAUAUGGGUAUAGAGCUACUUCUCCAAGGUCAACGUGAGUUUACGUUAUCCUUAUAAUUCCGUGUUUAGAACAAAAGACUACCGAAGACGAGAUCGACAUGAACGAACGAGGAAGUCGAGAAGGAGAUCGAGGGAACGGCCAAGUUCUUCUGAAUCUACGGAAAGCUCUUCAUCGUCGUCUGCAUCGCCAUCUCCAGUGAGUUCUUCUGGAUUAGAAGUUUUUUAGUUGGUUGAUAUUUUAUUAAUAUUGGGUUUAUUGUCUUUAAUUUAGGUGAAAAACAACAACAACAAGUCCAAUAAUGGGCCAAUUGCUGUUCCACCACCAGCUCCUCCUACACUGGUAUCUUCUACAAUGUCAUACGGCAUCUCAAAUAUGACAACAUUGAUAAAACCUCCCGUUGUGCCUCUUCCAAAUUUUGUAAGUUAACUUUUAUUGUGGUUUAGACUUAAUGUUUUAAACAUUGUUUUGGUACCUAAAAUUUGAAGAAAUAAGUUUUUACUUUAUAAUUGUAAUGUAAUUCACUCUGAAGGCUUAUAAAACAAUAUUUUUAGGUUGUUAACGCGAGUUAUGUACAUUCCGCUACUGCAUUUCAACUACUUCCGCCACCCCCACCUCCACCCCCGCCCGGAGAUUCAAUUGUUGAUUUACCUCCUCCACCUCCACCCUCUACUCCACCACCGCCCGAGCCUCCUCGACAACAUUCAAAUCAGUGUAUGAAUGCGAUGAGUAACUUGUUGAACUCUAAGAAUUCACAAGCCCACUUUACGAAACACGAUGUUAUGAAGAAGUUGAUGGAACAGAAGGCUGUGUAAGUUUAUUGUUUUGUAUAUUUACUUUAUUUAUCAGUUGAUAAAAGUAAUCUUUGUAACUUUUAGUUUUUUAUAAUAUUCUUACUUAUUGUAGUGUAUACAAGAAGGAGAACAUAGCUGAUCUGCCUCCUAAUUGGGGCAGAAUGACGCUUUCUGAUUAUGAUAUUGAAGUACAAGUUGGCGAAGGAACAUAUGGACAAGUCUACAAAGCUCGGAAAGGGCGAAAUGGUAAUUAUUUAUAUAUUAAUCUUUGUUUUAUAAGUAAUAAUUAAUAUUUUCAAACUUUUUUCUUGGAUAAGAAUGUUAAUUUUGCUGUUUCAGGACGACUUGUUGCUCUGAAGAAGGUGCGUUUGGAGAACGAGAAGGAUGGGUUUCCUAUAACGGCCGUUAGAGAGAUCAAAUUGUUGAGGAAGUUGAAUCAUGAGAACAUUGUGAAACUACUGGAUAUCAUAACUGAGAGUCCGCCAGAAAACAAAAAGGAUAUCAGUGAGUUUCAUAUGUAUUAUUUUUUAGCACUAAUUAGUUUGUUAAAACUACUGUUAUCUUUUAUUUAAAUAUUAAUUUAGGUAAUAUCUUUUAAUGGGCAUAAGUGGGUUUAACGUUUAUCUUUUCAGAUGCUUUUUACUUGGUAUUUGAGUAUGUUGAUCAUGAUCUGAAUGGCCUUCUCGAGUCUCAACUGGUCACUUUUACCGAACAAACCUGUGCUUCUUUGUUUAAACAACUUUUGUUGGCAUUACAACAUUGUCAUUCUAGUAAUCUUUUACACCGCGACCUGAAAUGCGCUAAUAUACUUGUAAAUAAUAAGUAAGUAUUUUUUAAAUUGUUUUUGUUUUGUACUUUUAAUAUUGUUUUUCAUAUUUACUUUUCAGAGGGGAGUUGAAGCUUGGAGACUUUGGAUUGGCGCGAAUAUACACGACAAAGAGUAGAUUGUACACAAAUAGAGUAAUUACGUUAUGGUAUCGACCUCCAGAACUGCUACUUGGAGCUGAAAGCUACGGGCCGUCAAUCGAUAUCUGGAGUGCAGGGUAGUUUAGGUAACAAGUUUCAUAUGUUUGGAUUUAGAUGCAUUCUCGGGGAACUGUUCGUCAAGAAACCUAUCUUCCAAGGACAGUCGGAAGCGGCACAGAUGGAUCUUAUCAUGCAGACUUGUGGAUGUCCAACACCCACGGUCUGGCCCGACGUCGUCAAUCUAAAACACUAUCCUGCUUUCAAAGCUAAGACGUAUUUCAAUAGGACGCUAAAGAAUCGCUUUGCUUUGUGAGUGUUUUUACGAUCUUGUUACAAUAUUCAAGUUUGAUUAAAAUAGUUCAAUAAACGGGUUAUUUACAUUGUUAUACUAACUUACCUUGUUUCAGUCUACCAUCCGGGGCUCUAGACUUGUUUGACAAAUGCCUUACAUUAGAUCCUUCGAAGCGGCCGUCGGCUGAAGAAGCUCUCUUCCAUCCAUGGCUAAUAGACAUCGACCCACGGACAUGCAAGAUGCAGCUACCACAAGAUCAGGACUGUCAUGAGAUGUGGUCGAAGAGGAAUCGACAGGAGCAGAAAGAUAAGACAAGGCGAUCCCAGAAUCCGCCUCAGGUAUACAGAUGA